AGGCACUUUAGGAUAGUUGAUUUUUGCGAAGUUUAUAAUAUGAACAAAACUCUGACUUUUAGAGUUUUACAGCGCGUUAUAUCAUUGCCACAGCUGUUCCAACCCACUAGGUCAACAAAACUCUACAACCGAACGUCUGUUGAGACCUACACUGGCCCAGAAUAUGAAGAAUACUUGAGACAAAAACAAAAUCCAUCUCGAAGAGUUAAAAAUACAAUCAAAAAUGAAAAACUGGCAAAUUUUCGAGAAGAAUUGCCACCACCAUUGGAAAAGUUAAAAUUCCGAAAAAUCAGCAACGAAACUAGAAAUUUAUUUCGAAAAAUGAUAAACAAUGUCAAGUCUUCUUCAUAUAGAGAAAACCAUAAUGUCUGUUUGCUGCGAGGAAAAAAUCUGAUCAGAGAAGCCAUGAUUGCCGGUGGUUUUAUAAGAACAAUUUAUUUCAGUGAAUUGAAAUUACUAGAGAAACUGCCAAUAGAUAUUGUUCAAAAAACAAACUUGGUGCAUGUCCCGAUUGCUGCUAUGCGUGAAAUGUCCGAUGAAAGGACAGAUGGGUUAUUUGCAUUGGCAACCCAGCAAGAUGCAAAAACAAGACAGAAAAUACGAACUCAGAGAAUUGAGUCGGUCAAGCAAAAAGAAAGCACCAUUCUACCUGUUACUUUAAUAUGUGAAGGUAUCAAAGAUCCAAAAAUAAUGGGGGAUAUUUUGAAAGUUGCAAGUUGUGUUGGAUGUGAAGAGGUUUAUGUAAUGGAUGGCUGUGUUAGUAUCUGGAACACAAGUGUUUUAAAACGCGGCGGCGGUGCCCACUUUAAACUGCCUAUCUUACCAAACCAGCAAUGGGAGAAUGUGGAGAAACUGGUCUCAAACAGCAAACCUGAUGCAGUUUUCUUGUCUCAUAAUUGUGAAGAAGGUUUAACGAUAAUUGAUUUUAAACAAGAUCCUGUGGUAGUUGCAAUUAACAAAGGUUCAAGUGUUCUAGAUACUCUGAAAAGGGAAUCCACAGUUAAGUUAGACAAUAAAGAAGACAGAAUUAAAAAUGCACAUAUACCCUCGAUAAAUUUUGAUCAGGCCAAUUGGCCAACUAAACAAAGUGUGCUAGUAGUUGGUAGUAUCAGUUUUGGGGCGUACAGUUUUGCCGUUAACCUCCAGGAGACUGUGGAACAGUGCCAUGUUAUAAAUUUACCUCUGUCAAGGAAAACGGAGUCAUUAAGUCCAUCCAUUGAAGCAAGUGUGCUACUAUUUGAUGCUCUGCGACAAAUAGGAAAAAACAAAAACCUGGAAUAAAUUGUAUGAAUGCCAUUUUAAAUAAUAUUUUUUCCUUUUUGUAAUAUCGUAAAAAUUGUUUUUUUUUUAACUUUGUGUGUACAUUUCAUUGUUCACUGCAUAACACAAAAUGGGUUUGCUUUGCACUGCCGCGACUCCGCGCUUUUCAGUUACAAGUUGACAAGAUUUCUGGACAAAUGAAGAAAAAUAGCAUAAAAUGUUUAAAAUCGUUGAAAUGGGCAUAAAAAUUAAACAACUUUCGUUAAAUAUAUAUAGAAAGCGUUCGGUUUAUGUAGAAUAGAAAGAUUACGCAACUGCUAAUCCGUGUUCCGACAUUUCCCUUUUUUUGACCAGGACGAAAGCUUGUUAACAUUUUUAGUUCGCCUGAAAGUCGUUUUUGAAUGUUAGCGUUAUGUUAAACUAAAAUUCUAGACACGCAGGAAAAGAAAUAACUAAAACUAGCAUACAUUUAAAGUUUUACAAGUUUAUGCUGUAUAGCAAACUUUCAGAAUUACGUGCGUAAGUUAAAGAAAGUUUUUUUUUGUGUUUUCGUUAUUUGCUUUCAUGUUUUUAUGUUCAAUCUGAGGUUUUACUACCAUUUUACUGUGAACUUGGCAUUAAUUACGCCCGCAAAUCGUAUGCUGCGUUUUUCCUAUUUGCUUUUAUGUUUUCAGGUUUAAUAAUCAAAGUAGAGGUUUUAAAUUUUUUUGUGUAAACUCGGCGAAAAUAAUGCCUGCGAAUCGUUACGGCGGCGGGGGAGGCAGUGGAAACGGUCGUUAUUUUAACAACAACAAUAGACAAGACCGAAAUUAUCAACAAAACAGACGCCACCCACCAAACCAUCAAACACCCAUGCCCCCACCCCCAGUGCCCCCUAUGAUGAAAAAUAGCCCUCUUCCACCAAAAAUGCCUGUUCCUGUACCAGCAGUGGAUAUGAAAAAAGAAAAAAGUCCUGCGAAAAUGAAAGUUCCAGAGCCAGUACCACCCCCAAGCUUAGCCAAUGAAACGGGGCAUUCAAGUCGGAAUGAGUCGAAUGAUUCACACCAAAACGCAUCGAACCGACCAACAGAACGUAAAUUCACUCAACGCAGUCGUUUAUUCAUUGGCAAUCUGCCAACCAGUAUAACCGAAGAAGAAUUUAAAAACUUGUUUCGUCCUUUUGGGGAAGUAUCCGAAACUUUUGUCAAUGCUGAAAAAGGAUUCGGUUUUGUAAGAAUGGAUACAAGGACAAAUGCUGAGAGAGCUAAAUGGGAACUGGAUGGCAAAGUUAUGCGAUCGAACAGACAGCUGCGUGUACGAUUUGCCACACACGGUGCUGCACUUAGUGUUAAGAACAUAUCACCCUUUGUUUCAAACGAACUUCUCGAGGAAGCUUUCUCGCAGUUUGGUCCGGUUGAACGAGCAGUGGUUGUCGUUGACGACCGUGGAAAAUCAAUGGAGCGUGGCAUUGUUGAAUUUGCGAGGAAAUCUUCGGCAACAAAAGCUCUUCAACAAAUCAGGGAUGGCUGUUUCUUACUCACAUCUUCACCAAGAGCAGUUGUAGCUUCAACAUUGGAGCAGGAAGAUACAGAAGAUGGUCUUAUGGAGAGGAAUGUUUCAAAAUCUCAAUCAUACUUCCAAGAGCGAGAGGCUCCUCCGAGGUUUGCGAAACCAAACUCCUUUGAGGAGGAAUUCGCUCGCAGAUGGAAAGCUCUUUAUGAUCUCGAGCGUCAGCAACGAGAACAUCUCGAAAAAAACAUCCAGGAGGCAAAAGAGAAACUUGAAACAGAGAUGGAAAAUGCGAUUCAUGAUCAUCAAACUAUGCUCAUGAAACAAGAUCUUCUCAGAAGACAAGAAGAGCUUCAAAGAUUGGAGGAAGCUCGUAAGAGAGAACUAGAUCGAAGGCAGGAGCUGGAAGUCGCAAGAGAGAAUGCAAGAAAAAAGGAAAUGGAGGGACAGAGUCAAAGAUUGGAUAUGCUAAGAGCUCAAAUUGAAGGGACAUACAAACAAGAUAUGCCGCCUCACCCUAGCAUGGGAUUUAACCAUCAACCAGGUUUUGGUCGCCCUGGUAGUCCACUCAUGCCGCCACAAUUGCACGAUCAGCUAGCUAAAGAACUAAUGGGAGGACAGGGAGGUCUAGCACCAGCACCGCUUAUCAAAGUGAAGUCUUAUCACCAUAUACAUUCUGACAUGAACAAACUGAUGGACUCUCUGGACAAAAUGUCAGAUUCGGAUCAAAACUUCUACAGACUUGCAUAUGAACAUUGUAAUAACAUAUGUACCUGUAAAGCACAAAAUUAUAAAAUCGAGGACCCCAUGUUUGAACGGCUUGAACCUUGUCCCAAAAGUUUUGACUGUCAGUCUUAUUCUCAUUGGAAACAUAGCAUAGCCAUGUCUUGGUUAAAUAGAUUCAUUGAUGGUUUUGAAUGGAAAUUUAAUAAAUUGAAAUUACAAUUGUUACCAAUUGGUCCUUUUCCUGAUUUUGUUGAAAACUUUCGUUCAAAAGAUGGAUUGAAUUUGUUUCAGAUGUUGGUACAAUUUUUAAGUUCAUUUUUUUCAGGGUCAAUAGUUGAAAUGUUGCCCCAGCUAAAUAUAGAAGACUUGAACGUCCGUAAAAGACAGCAUUCUUUUACUGGAAAGGAACAAUACCUUGUCACGGACUUCUUACCGUUUCUUAAAUCCCAUGUUCCGCGAGACAGUUUUUGUGUCGUUGCAUUGACCUGGCACGACCUUUACCCAAGUGAAGAUCUUAAUUUUGUUCUUGGACAGGCUAGCUUCUACCACUACUCGUGUGUUGCAAGUUUUGGUCGUUUUGACCCAACAUAUGUACGUGGGUUUAAGGGUAGAAAUGAAGGAAUUGAUGUGAAAGACAUGGAAGAUAUAUCUGUAGUUGACGCAGCUUUACUGUGGAAACUGAUUAAGGUUGUAACGCAUGAAACAUGCCAUGUGUUUGGUCUUGCACAUUGUGGAACAUUCUCUUGCUUAAUGAACAAUAGUUGUUCUUCUGAAGAAGCGUUAUCCCAGCCUUUAACAUUAUGUCCAAUAUGUAUGAGAAAGAUACAACGUGCUUGUUCUAAAUGGGGCCAGGACAAGUUCCCUUUUCAGGUUAAAACACACCUAGCGUCGUUGGCACAAUAUCUACGAACAGUAAUGCUACCUCUGAUGGGUUCUAAUGAUGAAAUGACAAAUACUAGGGUGCAUAAUACACUGCAGUGGAUUGACAGAGUUUUAAACUUUAUAUGAAAAAAAGUCUCUUAAAUUAUAUGAAAACAACAGUUCUUGUUUUUAUUAAAUGCCAAAAAACUUAUUUAUUGUUAUUCGUUCAAGAUAAAUUAGUUCUUGCAUAUUACAUGUACUACUUAUACAAUAAGUUAAACCUAUGCAAAUGUUAAAUUGUUUAUUUUAAACUUUUGUAUUUAAAAUGCCACUGUGAUGUAGAAAUUAUUUUGGGCAGUACUGUUAAGACAACUUUAUUUUUCAAAGUUACAUUUAAAACUCUAAAGGUGGCUGUACACCGUAUCCGGCAUUUGAAUUCGCUUGCGAAGAACCCAUUACCGACGAAUUCCAGAUCCUGUGUACAACCACCUUAAGUUUCUAGGCCUUACAUUAUGCAUGCAUAGUAGUAUGAUAUGACUAUGAUACUUUGUGUUUAGAAAUACACCAACUCUCAAAGUAAA